AUUGUGGGACGGAAGUACUUGUGCUAUAAGGUGUAAGAGUCGUGAGUGUCAUCCAGAAGAGGUCAUCAUCGGUGAAAUGGAAUUGCAAGAGAUGUUCCGCUAUGGGUAUCUAUUUCCACCUCAGGAGGACGUCGUGCCAACGUAUCUUGAGCUACCCAGCUACUCUUAUCUGAAAGAGAAGAGUGGUCUGCCACCAGUAACAACACUGACUGCACCAGGUUGUGCAGUUUAUGACAAUAACAGUGACGGCUGGCAUACACCAAGUCCAGCAGCAAGUCUGAGGUCGAUCAGUCCAACCACGACGUCAGUCUCAUCAGAAUCAGAGAGUGGAGUCCUGACCAAUAUGAGGAACCCGUCGAGUCAGCCCCAGGAGAAGAGGUACAAGACUCAUCCGAUACCAAUGAAGACAACAGAACACCAGAUUAGUGUCCAGGAACCUGAGAAGAUGCCAUCGUCCAGACAGAGUAUCGUCAGCAACAGCAGUAGCCUCUCCGACAGGAUGGACCUGGAGGAAAGCGAUGGUGCAGAGAGCGAAGUCGAGCAGGAAAAUUGUGAGAGCAGAAGACGUGGGAAAUACGUGAGCUCCACCGUCGUCAGGAAGAGAAGGUUGGCGGCCAAUGCGCGUGAACGACGCAGGAUGCAGAAUCUUAAUAAAGCUUUUGACAGGCUACGAACGUAUUUACCAUCAUUGGGUAACGAUAGACAAUUGUCAAAGUACGAGACCUUGCAAAUGGCCCAGUCUUACAUCACAGCGCUGUACGAUCUUUUGCAGUAACCUUAUCGACAGUGGCGCCAUCUACGCUGUUGUCUUUAUACUUUUCUAUGUGCUCAAUUUUUCUAAUGUAAAUAUCAGUACUUCGUAAAGCCAGUUUUACAUACUUGUAAAGUCUCCUGUGAUACACCAAAAGAAACCUGAACCGCGCGCGCGUCCUUAUUAUACAUUAUAUUAUAUAUCUAAUCGCGAGAAACGAUAUAUUUUUUCUAAGCUAUUUAUGUACAUAGUCGAAUGGAAUAUUUUUCUGUAUAUACACAUAUAUAUAUAUAUAUGCUCUGUUGUACCAUAGUAACUCCAUUAUAUCUAUACAUAUUCUGUAGGGAAUUUUAGUGUAAGCGUUAGUUAGAUAUUUAUGAUGAAAACGACUAUGACAUUCCGUACGAGACUGAAUUGCGCAUUUACAUAGAAGAAUAUGAAUAAAAGUACCUUUUAAAAUAUUUAACUUGCAUAUUAUUUACUUGAAA